AUGGAACCUCCUGCGCAACGUCGAGGAGGUCUGCGAUCUCCUGUUCCGUCCUCUUCAGCCGCAUCUGUCUCACCCAAUCCCUCCCGUGCCGGUUCUAAACAAAGCAUGCGUCCUGGUUCUAGUGGUAGUGACACAUCUGCUUCCUCCAAUCUCUCCGUUGUCAAAAGAUCUCCCUACAAUCAACAGCUACCAACCUUCUCAUCGCAUACGAAUCACAGCAAUGCCGCCACCGCUGGUCAUCAACGGCCGUCCGCGCCCUACAUGCCUCGAGAUGACCACGGAAAACCCUUAGGUGGUCCCCCUCCUCCCGAACUCCAGAAACACCGUCCGCGACAGCAUUCCCAAGGCUAUUUUGAGCCAUCCAUGCCCUCGGCUUCUCUUGCUAGCCAAUCUAAUUUACACGAUCAUGCCACAAUGUCAGGCCUCACUCCUUCUCAGAUCGCCGCCCAGGCUGCAAUGCAGCAUCUCAACGCUACCAACCACAACCGGAAACGUUCACAAACCGUCCCAUUUCCGCAGGAACAAACUCAGCAAGAAGGCCGUCGGAGUAGUAGAGGCUCUACAGGUUCCCAUGAAGGACUAACACCAUCUCAUCCUGCUCCUGACCAGCAAUAUCGAAAUGGUCUCAUUGGCAACAAUGCCGCGGCUACAGCGGCCAGCGUAGUCUUCCCGCGUGGCGUAACUCCUUCAGCCCAAGUCGUAUCCGUGGAAGAGGAGAAAUCAAAGAAAGGAUUGAAACGCUUCAGACCUAAGCACAUGGUACUGUCACGAGACAAGGACAAGGAUAUCAAGGAUAAGCCAUUGCCUUCACCAAAUAGACUGGCACCCAGUGGACUAUCCAAGGUUUUGAAUGCCUCUACAUCCAGCCUGACCGAGUCCUUGUCUUCCAACAACUCUUCCCUUUAUCAACUUCAAAACCCGUCCUCUUCCACAAUAAUUCCCAUUCCUGAAGCAAAGGACAAGCCACAUAAACAUCAUGGAUUGCGCCAGAAACUAAAGUUGAAAGACAAAGACGAGUCUUACACUUUACCACUAUCCUCUGCAAAUUCCAAUUCACGGCCCGUGGAUAUAAACAACCCGCAAUCUCUCUACUCAUUUGCUCCCUCUUCCCCAAAUCCAACUUCCUCCUUCUCCAAGUCAGUGUCCGGUCUGGAUCUGCGACACGGAGGACGGGCGUUAAGGGAGAAGAAGAAAGAGGAGAAAGAAAAAGCACAGGCUCUUGCGGGUCUGGAGCCGGUUUACAGUCGCGGUGAGACUGACACCUCAGAAUGGCCUUCCCUGGGUACCAGUUUCACCAACCAGUCUUUGACCAAUUUCAACCCCCAUGCCGAAGUCAAAGAUGCUUCCGCCAACUUCGGACUCAACAAUAUGUCAGCCGAUGAUGCGUGGGAUCUUCUUCGCGCCAAGAUACUUGUGGCCUUUGAGGGUGAAGAGGUUCGCAUUGCCGUAGAGAACCUCAAUAAACUAGUCACAAUUCACGUACAGAGAUGUGUUCAGAAACGAGAUCCAAGUAUCAUCAUAGGUGACCUCGAGGACCUCUUGAGAACCGGCUUCCUCAGCCUCAAUCAUACGUUGCGUAUGAUCUCGGACGAUAGACUUGUCCCUCAUUUGGUCAGCAUGUGGAUGCAGGUUUUCGGCACCGUGCUUCCUUUCAUGCAGGCUGUCUUCCUUCCUCUUGAUCAGGAGUUCAAAGGCAGAGGCAGCAUUUUGACGAGUCCUAAAAUGGCAGGCGAAUUCUGGGGAGCACUUCCUAGUGCUGACAGUGGAAGUAAAUUAUCAUCAUCUCCAGCGGCUGGGGAUGGUGUUGAUUUCGUUGUGGCAGCAGGAGAAGAGCUUGAGGUUCGACGAAUUCUAUUGAUUGCUUACCGUGACGUUAUCAUAUUACCUCGUUUUGAACAUCUCAAGGCAACAUUUUCACGCCUUAGCUUGGAGAGCAUCAAUGUUGCGUUGUCUUCUUUCGAAAGUGCGAAUAGACAUCGUGGCAACAGCGGUGCUAGUGACAGGCCAGGUACUGCGACGGGUCUCGAACCUAUGUACGCCAGCUACAAUUCUCAAACCAGCACCUUGCUGGGAAGUUCAACGUCUGGAGGUGGUAGAUCACGAGCUACAUCCAACCUGUCGAUUUCUAGCAAUCCCGCCCAGGAUGUGGCGUUUCAAUCCUUCAGCUCGCCUCCUGCUGCGAGACCAUCUGAUAGCUCAUCAGCACAGGUGACUGAGACUGUAGCCCGGAUGCUGCAAUGUUUGUCAGUUCUAUGUUCGGUGCAAUCAGGAGAUGAUGCCCAAGCCAAGAUGGAAGAACUCAGCAGGCAGCUCAAGUUGAACUGGCUGGGUCGAGGUCGUACAGGCCGCAAUCGAAAGGGAUUUGUCGGCAGUCGAGUCAGACCUGCAGCAAGCGUAGGCUCUACUAUACGGGGAUUGAACCGAGAUGGAAGUCCCACACCCACACCCACAAGGCAGGGUACUGUCAGUAGGCAAGGAGACGAUUCGUCGAGAUUUUGA